AUGCGAACAACUGUCAUAUUGAAACGGCACUGGCAUUCGGCUCAUCUCCAGAGGUUUUGGAAGCAAAAGGGGCGAUCGAACUGGAGCAGAUCUUCGGGCAGAGCUUUGGCACUCUUGCUGCUUACUCUACUUCCGUUGGCAGGGGCGGACCUGCGUGCGCUCGCACUACGAGCCACAAAGCAGAUUGCGAUUCCUUUGUAUUCGCGGGUGCACCAGCUGCAGUUCGUGGCACCAUUGAACUUCUCGGAGGAUCUGGCAGAGAUGCAGCCAUCUUGCUUGAACAGCUCUUCAGAUAUCAGGCGAUCCUCCUCCCUUGCGUCCCCGAGAAGGACGCACACUCCAGCGAAAGAGACGGACGAGCAAGACCCCUAUCCGGAUGCGCUUCGGGACAAGGUUCUGAUGGCUUUGAAGGCGUUGCACUGUAGCGGUGUCAGAUUGCCUUUGCGGAUUAGAGUCUUCGAAUCACCUGGAAGCAACUUCCGCAUGAGGGGGUACUUCUACGUACGUUCGAAAGAUGGCAGCAUCGAGUAUCACCGGGGAGGCUCGGCGCCUUAUCGUGCACGGCAGCACAUCAGGAUGAAUCAGGCCAUGGAGCAAAUUCAGCGAUUUCUGCCAGAGUUUGGCUUGUGUCACGGCAUUGAAGAGGCUCUCUUUCAUGUCUCCUCCAAGGGCGACGUGCUGGUAAUGCUUGGAUAUGAUAAGAUCCUACCUUCAUCCUGGGCAUCCAAAGCCAGGGCGCUGCAUCGGCGGUGUGGCUUCCACGUUGUUGGCUCCAUCAUUGGUAGAUCCUGGUGGGCCCGGCGACAGGGUAGAAUUUCUGUGCUGCGAGACCACCUCCUGGAACAGUUCGAUAUUCAGGGCACCAGGUUGCUCUACCGCCAGGUCAUUGGGUUCUUUUCUCAGCCAAACUAUGCUGUUGCACAUCGAAUGCUUGAAUGGGCUGUGAACAGUACUCGCAUCCUAAACGCGUCGCAUGACCUCAUGGAGCUGUACUGUGGGGGUGGCUUCUUCUCUGUAGCCCUAGCGAGGAACUUUCGGAAGUGUAUCAUUGGAGACAGCAGUCGUGAGCUUGUACAGCUGGCACGACAAAAUCUGGAACUGAAUGAAAUUCGGAACGUUCAAGCAUUGUGGAUGACCGCCGUCAGCAUGUUGGAGUCUUGGAAGUCGAAUUCGCUACCUGGUAUGGUUUCUCCGAACACGCUGCUCGUCGACCCGACUCGCCACGGCCUGGACAGUGCCGUCACAGAAUGCUUGCCAGCUUUCGAGAACAUUCUGUACAUCAGCUGCAAUCCUCGGACGAUGGCCCGUGAUCUGCGCACCACAACUAUGACCCACGAUGUGAAGGAAUUUGCAUGUUUCGAUCAGUUUCCACGCACGGACCACAUGGAGUGUGCAGCAUUACUCACUCGACGAAAAGGGCCGGCACAUUGGACUUCUGAGUGGACUGCAAACUCGCCGUGCAAGGAGCUGGCUCGCGAAAUGCGUCGGCAACGUUUACUCGAGGCUUCGGCCGGUGAGAGACGCGACCUCAGUGAAGGUUCCCCGACCAGUGACGCCAAGAAGAGGAUGGCUUUUCGAGUCAUCUAUGCCGCGCGGCGCGCCUUCGUGGAGUACAAUGCAGCCGUGAAGAUCCAAAAGGUUGCUAGGGGCAGCAUUGCAAGAGCCAAGCUGAACAGGCAAAUCAGCAAGAUCGCACACGCUUCUGCUGCCAAAGUGCAGGCACUGGUGCGUGGGAGAUUGGCGAGAAGCAGCCUGAGGAGACAGUCCGAUGCGGCAACCCGAAUCCAGGCCUACGCUAGGAUGCGGGCAGCCAAGCACGAGGUGGACUCUAUCCGUCUCUCAGCGAGGCACAACGCAGCCGUCAAGAUCCAAAAGGUUGCAAGGGGCAACACUGCGAGAGCCAAGCUGAAGAGGCAACUCAGCGAGAUGGCACAUUCUUCCGCCACCAAAGUGCAGGCUUUGGUGCGUGGGAGGUUCGUGAGAAACAGCUUGAGGAGGCAGUCCGAUGCCGCAACUCGAGUUCAGGCUUAUGCAAGGAUGAGAGUGGCCAGGCACAAGGUGGACUCUAUACGUCAGGCGGCAAGGUUGGCAAACAAGCUGGUGCGUGGUUUUUUGGCCCGCCGCAGAGUGCGAAAGCUGCGGCAGGCUCGCUCAGAGGAAGCCGAGCGCCAGGCGGCCCAGUGCGAUGCUGUCAUGGCUGGCAUUCUGGAGGCAGGUCUCAGCUCGAGGUGCACCAGCCCCGUGGACCUCGAGGGAGCCUCCGAUGCUUCACCCGCUGCCAGUCCACGCUCCGGGCCACAGGCACCUGCGGUGCAGCCGCAGCAGUCAAAGCCCGAAGUGGUGGCAUUGCGCGAGUCGCACGACGACGAGAGCUGCAGGUUGCAAGCGCAUGAUGAUGACAGUGAGCGGAACGCUGAGCAACCCCACUUCACAAGCUCGCAACUGGAGGCGUCGCACGAUUCGAUGGAUGCCAGCAACUUGUUGCAGGAUCUGGCAUUGCAGGACCCUGACUCUGCAGAAGAUCACUUCGCAAGCUCGCUUCUGGAGGAGUCCGUCUCGCAGGAGGACUCUAUCAAGAUUGUCAUAGAAAAGGCGGAGACUCGCGAGCUGGACGAGCCGUUCGAAGAUCAGGACGAGGCGUCGGCAGCACUCGUGCAGUCAUUGGUGGGAGAUGCUCUUGGGGACUCCAUGGCAUCUCGAUUGAUGACUCCACAACCCGAGGAGUCUGAGGGCUUGGAGGCGUCCCCUAAGUCUGCCUCAGCCUUCAACGCAUCUCGGGACACUGCUUGGACCGCCGAUGACCUGGUUGCGAAUGUGAUCGAGGAUGUCGUAGAGCUCGAUGGAAAGCCAGAUUCCACGCAAGAUGCUGGCAGCUUCCCAACCUCGAUGGAGGAUGUCAACGCGAUGGACCCGCUGCUUGUGGAGAAGCUUCAACAAGCACUCCUUCAGGCAGAAGAAGAUCCGUGCGAUCAAUCUGACCCUCCCGGACACCCAGAUGAGAUACCGGCCGAUCAUUCAUUGCCAGAGGCCGAAUGCGAUGCUGUCCUCGCUGGCAUUCUGGAGGCCGGUCUCGGCUCCGGCUCCAGGAGCCCUGUGGACCUCGAGGGCUCCAAUGCCUCACGUGCUGAGGCGUGUUCACAGGAAGCUGAGCACGAGGCGGUGCAAUGCGAUGCUGUCAUGGCUGGCAUUCUGGAGGCAGGUCUCAGCUCGAGGUGCAGCAGCCCUGUGGACCUCGAGGGAGCCUCCGAUGCUUCACAGGAAGAUAUGGAUGUGGCUCUGGUGGAGCAUCUUCACCAGGCAAACGACAGCGGUGAAUUGCUGCCCAGCCUUUUGGAUGA